UCAAAAUCAUUUCAAACGAUUCAAAUUUGUGUUUUUUGUUCUUUUAGAAUGUUACAAAAUUUAAAACAGUAAUAAUGCUGCUGCCCUUGAAUGAUUUUGUUCCCUAUCUUCACGCCAACUCCAAAUUCUACCUGCUGAAGCGUCAAAUUGCUGAGAACGGAACAGAGACACAAUCUCAGCUAUUUCAAGUGUUCCGAUCCGACGUUGAAGGCACGCGAUAUCUCACCAACGAUGAGCUCCGAUAAGGAAGGAUCAGGGUUCAAGGACAACGCAGCUAAAGAUUACAUUGUGGAAGAAACCAAUGAUACUCCAAACCAUAAGCCAAAGAAUCUUCGCGGCUUCCGAAAAUUCUUUCCAUUUAUCUCUGGAAACAAAUCCACAGUUCAGUCAAAUAAGAAGCGCACGGAUCAAAUAGAAACACCUCUCGAGGACGCUGAUAUACGCAAGCUGAUAAGUCUAUAUUCGACAUACGAGAAUCUGUACAAUCCGAAGAACCCUCAAUAUGGCAAUAAGCAAAUUGAAAAUAUUUACUUUUCAGACAUGGCGCGCUCGUUCCCAAGCCAAACAGGUCCACAAAUCCAAGCUUGCCUGCAGGGACUGCGCCUGUCCUUUGAACGUGAAUAUGCCAUCAUUGAGAAUGCGCGUCGUCGGUAUGGAGAAAUUUUGACGCCUUCGAUUAAAUACUACAAUGAGUUUCUGUUUCUGGUGCCCUUUAUAAAUAUCAACUUUGACGAAAUCGACGAAGCACUGCGAUCUGAACAGUCGAUAGACUCUGAUGGGCAAACAGCCGGCUGUGGGCCCAGCAAAAUACGCACCUCUUCUAGCAAAGCCUGGAAUCCGAUGGGCUUGAGCUGUAUUAGAAAUAAAUACAUUGUUAAUGCUACGCCUGCGUCUGGCAUGCAAUUCUUUAAAACGAAAACGAAAAACGGUGGGCAACCGGACAACAUGAGCUCGAACCCAAUGUUUUUUAAGCCCUGGCGCAAAGGAGAGCAGCCGGUACAGGAACAAUCAGGGCCGGAAGCGCAACAGCAGCCAUUGACGCUAGAGCAGCAGAGAAUUCAGCAGCCGCCAGAACAGGCUUGGCAACAGCGGUCGCCGCAGCGCGUGUCGCUGGAACAACCGCCUGGGCAACAGCAGCAGCCGCCGCGCCUAUCCCAGGAUCAACAGCCUGAGCAACAGCGGUCGCCGCAGCGCUUGUCGCAGGAUCAACAGCCUGGGCAACAGCGGUCACCGCAGCGCAUAUCUCAGGAGCAACAGGCUUGGGAGCAGCGUUCGCCGCAGCGCCUAUCCCAGGAUCAACAGCCUGAGCAACAGCGUUCGCCGCAGCGCCUAUCCCAGGAUCGACAGCCUGAGCAACUGCGGUCGCCGCAGGAACAACAGCCUGGGCAGCAGCAGUCGCCGAGGCGCCUGUCGCAGGAACAACAGCCACAGCGGCAGAGCGAUUUGAGGGCAGUUGAUGCGGAUCAGCAAAAACGAGCUUUGACAACUGAGUCUCAGCGGCAGUCGAUCCAGCCAGAGGAAAACAAUAAACGUGCUUCGCAAGCUGGGCUAGAGGAAAGUUGUGAGUGUCCAGCAUAUGAACAACUAGCUAAUUCAGGAAGCUAUGAAUGUAAAGCAGCCUGUGUUCAAAAUCCGCGCUACAAGUGUAUUGCAGUCAUUAAAGCGCCAGGUCAAACGGACUAUAGUGAAGAUGCCCCAAUGUCGUGUGUUGAACAUAAACACGACUCUCGAAAUACGGGGAGUUCGAAUGGCCAAUCUCGAGGAUCUCGGGCAAAUCAGGAAUCACGAAAAUCUCAAGACCCGCGCGGCCUAACGCCCGAAACUCCUAGAGACCAGCAGGUGGACAUGCUGCUCGACUUGAUAAGAUCGGAGCUCGAAUCCGCACCCGACUUCAUUUUCUUCGAUGCCAAGUGGCGCAUUAUUGAAAUCCUGCGGGAGGUAAACAAACGUCAAAUGAUUCACAAAAGGGGUGAUCCGUCACAAUGCACAUGCAGUCCAAGUGAAUGCGAUCCACCGCCAGAUUCAAAAAAACCCGGACCUUCCCGGCUGGCCCACCUUAAAUCCCAAGGCUGCCCCUAUUGUGCCAAUCCACGUAGGCGGUAAAAUCGUACUUAAGCCCGCUUAUCAAUCAUCGGCCCUGACCAAGUUUUCUUAGAUAAGAAAGAGAUGUGUUUCGUCGCUUAUCGCCCGACAGUCUUCCCGCAGCUGCAAUCCAAGAUGGAAGCACUUCUGAGCAGCUCCAAGCUGUUCAAGCAUUGGCCGAGCAUUCUGCUUGGUUUACUCGUCGCGUUGGCCAUUAAAUACAUCAAGAGCUAUCGAAAGCGACCAUCAAGGACUUCCAGCUGGAAACAUUUGGAGGGGGAAGAGAAUGUUGCGGUUGAAUUCACGCUGGCUGAUUCUGGCAUUCAGCCCGCCUUGGAGGAGAAGCCACAUGUGCCAUUUGUACCCGGCCUUAAUCUUAAUCCCAGUGGCGGCAGGCGUUUCUAUGAGCUGAUGCGUGGUCGCCGCAGUGUACGUGCUUUUAACGCCAACAUUAAGCCAUCAAUAGAUAUCGUAGAGGACUGCAUACGCGCCGCCGGCACGGCGCCCAGCGGCGCACACACCGAACCCUGGACGUUUUGUGUGAUCGAAGAGUUGGCAGUGAAGCAAGCUGUGCGCGAAAUCGUGGAGCACGAGGAGCAGAUCAACUAUAGCACACGCAUGCAUGCCCAGUGGUUGACGGAUCUGCGACCCUUGCACACGAAUGCAAUCAAGCCAUAUCUCACCGAUGCGCCCUAUCUAAUUCUAAUCUUUAAACAAACGCACGGUACCACAACAGAUGGACGCAAGAAGCUGCAUUAUUAUAAUGAAAUUUCAACGUCCAUUGCUGCCGGGAUACUACUGUGCGCUCUUCAAGCAGCUGGACUUUGCUCGCUAGUCACAACUCCCCUUAAUUGUGGGCCUGCUUUGAGGUGUUUGCUCAAGAGGCCAACGAAUGAGAAACUGUUAAUUUUGCUUGCUGUUGGUUAUGCGGAAGACAAUUGCAAGGUGCCAGACUUGGAACGAAAAGGACUGCAAGACAUUAUGGUUAAAUAUUAAAUUGUUCAUGCCAAAGAUCUCAAAACACAGUAAACAAAUUUGAAUCUGUUCAGUA